AUGCCGGCGGGGAUGAAGCCCCUGGAGAAGUUCCUGAAGAAGCAGACCACCGCGCUGACCCGGGCCGGGGGCUUCGUGGGCGGGGUGGCGGACAAGGCCAGCGGAGGAACCGGAGCGUCCCGGCGGAGGGCCAGUCUGUCCCGGGUCGUCCCCUUCUUCAGGGAGACGUCCCCUGAGGGAGGACAGGCUCGAGAGGUGUUCAGCAGCCCUGACAGUGAGGAGCCCCCCCCCUGGCCCUCAGCCAUCGGGCCCGGCCCGGUCACGGUACCAAGCAGCGCUAACAGCUGUGGAUCUGGUUCUGGAGGAGGAGACGUCCGCAGUCCGUCUCUGUCCAGUGACGAGCAGAGUUCUGAGGCCAGUCUGAUCCCAGAGGGCGGCGGCAGUGGAGGAGGAGGAGGAGGAGGAGGCGGGACUCCUCUUCAUCCUGACACCCCCGACAACCUGACCCUCACGGUGCUGGACAGCGUGGCCGGGAAACGAUACGUCCACUGCAAAGAAACUCUGCUGGAUGACUUCAUGUUGACACAUCCCAUCUUCCUGACAGCCGACAGGCUCCAGCAAGUUCUGCUGCAGCAAUUCACUCUGGAGACGGAGGGGAGGGAGGGCGAGAGGGGGAGGAGGGGGGGGGAGGUGGAGGCAGAGGGGGGGCUGGACGCCGCCGAGAGGAAGCAGGCGGUGCUGAACAUGGCGUUUAGAUACCUGGACACGUACAGAGAGCUGCUGCAGGAGGAGGGGGAGCGCAGCAACAACUUCCCCAAGGAGCUCUACCUGUGUGCGGUUCAGGAGUUGACUCGUCAUCCGGAGCUGGUGGACGACGUCCUGAAGCUGCAGAGAUGGGCCGAGAUCUUACACUGCCCGUCAGUUGAGGAGAAGGAGAGAAGGAAGAAGCAGGUCCGUCCUCUGUUCAGACACUUCAGGCGUAUCGACGCCUGCCUGCAGCCGAGGGAGGCCUUCAGAGGCUCCGACGAGAUCUUCUGCAGGGUCUACACUCCGGAUCAUUCCUACGUCACCAUCAGGAGCCGCCUGUCCUGUCGGGUCGGAGAGAUUCUGGCUCUGGUGCGAGAGAAGCUUCAGUACAGUGAAGAUCAACCGGUUCUGCCCAGAAACCUCAUCCUGGUGGCAGUCACGUCAGCCGGAGAGAAAGCCGUGUUCCGUCCCAGUGAUGAAGCCGUGUUCACGACACUGGGAGUCAACACACACCUGUUCGCCUGCGAGGCCUCGGAACUGGAGUCACUGCUUCCUCUUCCUGAGGAGAUCCACUGGACACCAGGUGACAGCAAACUCCACGACAUGUCUGCAGAGGAAGUAGCCAAUCAGCUGGUGGCGUUUGACUGGGAGCUGUUCAGCUGUGUGCACGAGGUGGAGUUUGUGUGUUAUGUGUUUCAUGGGGAGCAGUCGCGCUGGCGCCCCCUGAACCUGGAGCUGGUACUGCAGCGCUGCAGCGAGGUGCAGCACUGGGUCGCCACGGAGAUCCUGCAGUGUCACUCGCUGCCGAAGAGAAUCCAGCUGCUGCGCAAGUUCAUCAAGAUCGCAGCCCUGUGUAAACAGCAUCAGGACCUGUUGUCGUUCCUCGCCGUCGUUCUGGGGCUGGACAACCCGGCCAUCGGCAGACUGCGACUCACCUGGGAGGGACUCCCGGGGAAGUUCAGGAAACAGUUUCAGCAGUUUGAGAGCAUUGCAGAUCCCUCCAGGAACCACAAGUCGUACAGAGACCUGAUCACCGGCCUCAGACCUCCUCUGAUCCCGUUCACACCUCUGCUGCUGAAAGAUCUGACGUUUCUUCACGAAAGCUGUAAAACUUUUCACGGGGAACUCGUCAACUUUGAGAAGAUGCAUAAAGUGGCAGAGAUGGUGAGAAUCAUCAGACGCUACAGGAGCAGUCAGCUCGCCAUGGACACAGAGACGUCCCCCUCACACCUGCAGACGAAGGCGUACAUCCGUCAGCUGCAGGUGAUCGAUAACCAGAACCUGCUGUUUGACAUGUCCUGCAAACUGGAGCCCAAAGACACAUAGAGACACGACGAGGACGUUUCACCAACAUCGGGACAAACAAACUGAAAGAGUCCCAAUCCUCUCGUCCUCAAAAGAAACUCCUCCCCCUCGACGUCUUCUUCUGUUUCCUGGUUUUUCUUUUAGUUUUGUCCGACACUGGAACUGACGGUUGAACCGAGGUCGUCAAACUGACCCAGAACCUGUUCCUGUGAAGUCAGACCGAUGAUCGUCACAGGGAAACAGGAAGAGGAAACACCCACUCUUACUUCUGACCAAUCAGACGAGAGGCAGUCUGGCCUCCUGUUGAUGAUGUCGCCCCAAAGCAAGCGACUAAAACCAAAAGGUUCCCGGGACAGCGGCUGUUACAGAGUGUUGCAUUAUGGGUCGUAGAGCUGCGGUGUACGAUGAGCGAUUCCUUAUUGGCGACUGUUUGGAGCAACAGCUUAAAUCGUUUCCAAUUUUCUUUCGUUGAAUUUAUGUAUUUAAUUUUUUUCCUCUGAAUUCAACUCAAAUUUUUUCAAACAGUAUUUAUUCAACGGCACAAAUUCCGAUCCUAGACUUCAGGGAUCGAUCAUGUGACGCUGGUGGAGGAAAUAACAGGAAACAGGAUGGUCCCACUUUUUAAACUCUAACCUUUCACAUGAUGCUCGUCUGGAUUUAACGAAUAUUCAAACCUCUUUUUCAACCAAUAGCGGACUGAGAGGAGCUCGUGUUGAACCUGGAAUCGAACUCGCGGCUCUGGUUCUCGUCAGAGCUGUCGCUGACCUCUGACCUCUGACGAGUGGCUCCUAUUGGCCGCCAUGUUUCUCGCAGAGCGGGUUCUGAUCCUCCAGGAGUUAACAUCAGCAGCGGCGGUGCGUUCACUGUCGUGUCUGUGCCGGACACACGGUGCGUUCAGGGGCCCGGCGGACGGUCAGGACACUGGACUUUCUUCGCUGGAUGAAAGUGUAGAUGCUGGUUUUCUACCAAACGUUGUUUCAGUGUUGAGACGUCGACUCUUCAGCUUUUGCUGCUUUUCGUUUGGAGACUUUAACGAUGGAAACGAACUUUAAACGUCUCCUGUGACGUUUCUGAUCAGUGUUUAAAGGACAAGUCCACUGUUUUCAUGUGUGAACUCGUUUACUACAGAGCAAAGCUUCUCUGAUCUCAACCCACCCAACGUGUGGUUUGUUGCUUCCCGGCUUCAGAACCAGGGACGGAGGUCAAACGGGGUGAACUCAAAUAUUCUCUGUCUAUUUAAAGUGUUUUUUUAAAAAACUAAACAAAGGUUUUGUCUUUUGACAAAGUGAAAGUGGUCGUAAGACGAUUGGACGGAUGAUGACGUGACAGCCAAUCAGACGAGUUUACAGGAUGACGUCACAGAUAAAUACAAACAUGCGUAAGAGUCGACGGGGAAACGUUUGGGAUCCAGCGUCGGUCCCAACGACCAGUCGGCUUUUAACGGAGAGACCCCGCUGUCCUCCCAUUGGUCGAUCCGGUGGAUGUGGGCGGGCGGAGGUGAAGAGGAAGUGAAGCGGCUUCUCGCGGCAACGAAGCACUUUUGCAGAACCUCAGGUUUAGAGACACAGAGGUUGUGUUUACUCUUGAUUCAGUUGUGUUGUGUGUUUGUGCAGCUGAUCUCACUUCAGUCAUAUUUACUAUAAUAAUUCAAGUUGUUGUUUCUAUGAUGUGAGUCUGAGUCCAGCUCCGACUUCAUUUAACUUUGGUUUAUGAGCCACAGAUCGAAAAGAAAAAGGAAAAUGAUUCAUUUCGGAUGAAAGCAACAUUUCACAGAUUUUAAAACUUUUUGUUAAUAAGUUGUAAUUUUAUAACAAUAUUUUCAGAUAAAGUUCGUAUUUUCACGACAUUUACUGUGUUCAAAUAGAACUGAGACUUUUUCAUUUUAUCUCUAAUUUAAGAAUUUAAAGUCAAAUUAACAUUCACGUUAAUUUCUUCUCUGUGAGUCAAACAGAUUUUUAUUUGACUCUUACCGGAGCUCAGAGACUCAGCUCGGGGUCGGUGAGACCUCGGCUGUGUCUCAGCUCCGAGGACACGUCCAACGCGUCCUUCAGUCCCCGAGACAACAUGGAUCCGUUGGGACGUUGCUCUUCAGACCAGACUCACUUCAGCUCCGCCUUCGUGGCCGAGCCCCAGUUUGGCCCCUGGAGAGUCGUUUGAAGGAUGUGGCCCCUGAAUCCAUCUGUACCAUAACAUCCUGUGAGUCGGAUCCCGUCCAGAAACCAGUCCAGAGACCAGUCCACAGACCAGUCCACAGACCAGUCCAGAGACCAGUCCACAGACCAGUCCACAGACCAGUCCAGAGACGACGCUACAACAGAUCACUGAUGUUUGGUCUCAACAAAUUAAAGUCACACUUGGUUUAAAUCGUUUUACUUUGUUUUAAAACCAAGCUUUUAUUUUGGUAGUUCCUCGGCUGUAACCACACCCACCUGUGAUGUCACUGUUGAGUUCAAACUGAAGUCGUCUGACUGGACGGGACGCGAGCUGCAGCUCUUCUCCUCCUCGACACUGAGCCUCAAACACGUCUGUUCUCAAAGUAAAACUCUGAUUUCUGAAGUUCCACAACAAAGAAUUUCAGCUGAAACGCGAGUUCAAAGGUCAAUGAACUCGAGUUCAAAGGUCAAUGAACUCGAGUUCAAACGAGCACCAACACACGCUCGAUUCCUCGAACCAGCAGAAGACGAUGUCUCAGUGACUCGUUUGAGAAGUAACGUGAAAUCUGUUUUAUCGGAGAAACUGUUCGAUAUCCAGGCGUUCGGACACAGUGUGAAGCCAGUGAAGAUGACAUCACCGGCUGCCGCUGGCUCUCAGGACCACUUCCUGGAUUAUGAAUCCAACCGGACGUUCCAGAUCUCGACCUCCGGCUUCUCGGCCAAUCGCAGCCCUGUAAUUCUGCUAGGAUCCAUAAUUCCAGGAGGCGGGGCGUCCUCCUGGGUCGAGGCCCCCGCUCCGCCGCCUGUACGAGAAACACUGACAAAAUACUACGUGUAUAUAUAUAUUGCAACUCCUGUAAAUAGGCAAAUACUAACAAAGACUCUAUUUUAUGUAUGAGGAGUGAGAGCAGCGCUAACUCAAGGAGAAAUAUUUGAUUUGGUGUUUUUUUAUUUGUGUAAGAAGGUGACGACAGAACGAUGAACUUUAUGAACUUUAUGAACUUUAUGAAUUGUACAGAGACAUUUCUUCAGUUGUUUGUUCAGUUGUUUUCUAUCUGAAGCUUGUUUCUGUUUCUUUUUGUACAGAAGUGGUUGUUUACAAAUCUUAAUUUCUGUUUACGUUCAACAGACGACCUGAUUCUGGAACAAAUGUCGUAUUAUAAAAUAUUCUGGACUGGUACAGCAUGUUAUUAUUAUUAUUAUUAUUGUUAUUAUUACUAUUAUUAAGGGUAAAUCCUAUCUUAAGUUCCAGAAAAUUAAAUUGAAAUAUUUUGAGAAGAAAGCUAUUUCUUUUUGAGAAACAUGUGAUUAUAACAAAGUUAUUUAUUGAGUAAAAUGUUAUGAGAAUAAAGUUUUAACUGAGCUAGAAAAAAAAGGCAGAUAAUUGAGAAUAAGGUCCCAACUUUCCUUUUAUUACAAAGUGAUAUUAUAUUAUUGGUAAUAUUAAAAUAUAUUAUGUUUCUGUAAGAGUCGUAAUGUUUCUACAAAUUCAUCAUUUUGAGAAACAUUUAUUUUAUGUGGAAAAGGUUUCAGGAUGAAGUUUGACUUUACAGACAUUUUAUGAGUAAAUGAUUUUUAGAGGCGAGGAUUCAUGUGUUUGUUCUACGUGAAACAUUUACAGUUUAUGAAGAAAAUCAAGUUAUUUUUUCAGAGUGAAGCUGCAGUUUUGUAAAAAGGAAAGUUGCCAUAUGAGAGAAAACUCAACAUGUUUCAAAUUUCAGAUUGUCCCUUACACUCAUAAAGUUAAGCAAUUUAUUCUUAGUCUUGUGUUUGUCGUUUAUGAUAAAUAAUAUCACGACUUUUCUCUAAAACAUGUUGAAAAAAUUACUUUUCCCUAAGUAGAAAAACUGUUCUCAUUACAUUAGUUCUAUUAAUGCACUUUAAAGUAUUGUGUUUAUUCCAUGUCUGGUAAUUCUGAUUAAAUAAAUAAAGAUUUUUAAAUAUUGA